AUGGCGAUGUGGGGGACCUGGCCAUGGCGGUUGAGCUAUGUUCUACCCUUGUUCAUCCCUUGCUCAGCUCAAGAACAGAAAGGGUUUUCCAUUCCGGAACACGGAUUUUGCCAAGCCAUCUCUAUUCCGCUGUGCACCGACAUUGCCUACAAUCAGACCAUCAUGCCCAACUUGCUGGGCCACGCCAAUCAAGAAGAUGCUGGGCUGGAGGUUCACCAGUUUUACCCGCUUGUUAAAGUCCAGUGUUCACCAGACCUCAAGUUCUUUCUGUGCUCCAUGUAUGCACCGGUAUGCACAGUUUUGGAGCAGGCGAUCCCCCCUUGUAGGACUUUAUGUGAAAGGGCCAGGCAAGGCUGUGAGGCGCUGAUGAAUAAAUUUGGGUUUCAAUGGCCUGAAAGGUUGCACUGUGAGAACUUCCCUAUCCACGGUGCCGGAGAGAUCUGCGUGGGUCAGAACACAUCCGAUGGUAGCAGUCCAACACGGGUUCCGACACCGGACCUCCUGGAACCGUUGACCUUUCCAUCCCAAGAAACCUCACCCUUCUCCUGCCCACCGCAGCUGAAAGUGCCAGCUUACCUCAGCUACCGUUUCCUUGGCGCCAAGGACUGCGGUGCCCCCUGUGAGAUUUCAACACCCAACGGGCUAAUGUAUUUCCGAGAGGAGGAGCUUAAAUUCGGGCGUAUCUGGGUCGCUGUCUGGGCUGUCGUUUGCUGCAUCAGCACACUCUUCACUGUCCUGACAUAUGCGGUGGAUGCACAGCGGUUCCGUUACCCGGAGAGACCUGUGGUCUUUCUCUCCGGUUGCUACUUCAUGGUGGCGUUAGUGUACGUCACUGGUUUCCUGCUUGAGGACAAAGUUGUCUGUGUGGACAAGUUUCAGGCAGACGGUUACAAGUUGGUGAUUCAGGGCACCAAAAAAGAGGGCUGCACCAUCCUCUUUAUGGUGGCCUACUUCUUUAGCAUGGCCAGCUCAAUUUGGUGGGUUAUCCUCUCGCUCACCUGGUUCCUGUCGGCAGGGAUGAAGUGGGGCCACGAGGCAAUCGAAGCCAAUUCGCGUUACUUCCACCUGGUAGCGUGGGCAGCGCCAGCAUUGAAAACGGUCACUGUUCUGGUUCUGGGACAAGUGGAGGGCGACCUUCUGACCGGUGUGUGCUAUGUGGGUGUGUACGACGUGGACGCCCUGCGGGGCUUUGUGCUGGCUCCGCUCUUUGUCUACCUCCUCGUGGGCACUUCCUUUCUACUGGCCGGCUUUGUGUCGCUCUUUCGCAUCCGCACCAUCAUGAAACUCGGUGGUACUGAGACAGAGAAGCUGGAGAAGCUGAUGGUGCGGAUCGGCGUUUUCAGUGUGCUCUACACUCUGCCUGCUGCUGCAGUGGUGGCCUGCCACUUCUAUGAGCAGGCCCUGCGUCCACAAUGGGAGCGCACAUGGCGCAUGCAGACCUGCAAACGCUUUGCGGUGCCGUGCCCAUCGGGAGACGUUGAUCCCCUGACACCGGACUUCACCAUGUUCAUGAUAAAGUACCUGAUGACCAUGAUCGUUGGGAUAACGUCAGGCUUCUGGAUCUGGUCCGGAAAGACUGUACGUUCCUGGCGCCGCUUUUAUAAAAGACUGAGUGGCUCUGAACUGGCAGAUACUACACUUUAG